GCCGUCACAUAAAUACACGUAAAUACAUAGUUACAUGUAAAUACCAUUGUUAGUAAUUCACCUAGUAAUACGUAGAGAUCGUCUUACACAACACACGCCAAGCUGAGUUCCUGGGCUCCGACUGCCUUGUCUGUAUUGCACAGUCUAUCAGCCCACUACUCGCAUCCCCACGUGCGCAUCGUCUCAGUCCUUUUGAACCACGUGUACGCCAGGAUGCCCAAAAAGAUCAGAGUAGGUCCCAAUGCUGAUCGCUCACUUAAUUUCGGCACGUCUAAGAUCCAGGCGCCAGCCACUGAUUUAACUAGGCUGAGCUUCGAUGCAGAGCAGCUUGACAUAGAUGCACAUGUAGAUAAGGUUGAUGGAUAUAGGUUAGUGCGCCCGUACUACUAUGUUUACAGGGCGUUCUGUAAGGGGAGAUGGACCGACCAAACGGUAAUUGACACUCUAAUAGAAGAAUUUAAAGCUGGCACAGAAGAAUACUACCGCACGGCUAUCAAAGAGGGACGAAUAGGCAUCAAUGAACGCCGUACCGAGGCAGAAUAUCGGAUGAAACAGGGCGACCGUCUGGUGCAUUGGAUCCAUCGCCACGAGCCACCGGUGACUGACCAACCAAUAGAUAUCGUACAUGAAGAUGAUGAGGUCAUAGUAGUCAAUAAACCAGCCAGCAUCCCGGUACAUCCGUGCGGGAGGUAUAGGGUGAAUUCUGUGGCAUAUCUUAUGGGAUUAGAAUCUGGAUACCCUGAUUUAGGUGUCGUACAUAGACUGGAUCGGCUGACCUCUGGGAUCCUCAUCCUUGGCAAAACCACAAAGGUGGCCGCCAAGUAUUCCGAGUGGAUCCGUGACCGAGAUGUGCAGAAGACCUAUCUCGCACGGGUAAGGGGUGUGUUCCCGAGUGAGCCCUGUGCGUGUGAUCUGAGCACGGGCAUGAUGCUUAAGCGCAUGGGCGUGGUGGGUUGUACGCCCGAUGGAAAGCCAGCCCUGACAAACUUUGAGUUGCUGCACACAGAUGGGAAGACGAGUGUGGUCAAAUGCAUGCCCCGCACGGGACGCCAGCACCAGAUCAGAGUGCACCUGCAGUAUCUGGGACACCCUAUUGUGAAUGACCCAAUUUACGCACAUCCGGCCUUCGGAGAUGCGAAAGGCGAGGAGCUAAAGGAUCCAGCGCUACUGGAGCGGGUAGAUGCGGCUCUACUGGCUGGAGUAUUGCGGAACGAUGCGCCGCAUGAAAUUUUCCCACACCAAGGUAUACAGCCAAAGACUCCUCAACUGGGGCAGGUACUUCCGGAAGAUAAAACCGCCACCGCUUUUAUUAAAAGCACAGCGCUAAAAUUCAGUGUUAACGCUGAAGAACCGAGCGAAUUUGGUUCGACGCUUGCAAGCACAACAGAUGGGGCCCCUCUAACGACUGUUGGCCAAGUCGUAGACCUGGAGGGUGUAUCUGCUGCAGUGGGAGCGGCGUACACUGCGGAGGAUGUGAAGGCGGAUGCGGAUAAGGAACCGUCGGCGAAACGCACGCACUCGCCCACCAGACCCGACAACGUGGGCUCGCAGAAGAAGUACAAGAAGUCGUACGAAAUUAUGACCACACCGUUGGCAGCCGACAUCGAUCCCUACUGUGGCGAGUGCCGCAUAGUGCGCCCACGGCCGUCCCCAAGUACAAUGGUGCUGUAUUUGCACGCGUACAAGUACGAAGGUGAUGCGUUCAAUUACACAGCUCCUGCCCCCGCGUGGGCGAGUGAGGGGUAUACAACCGAUGAAGAGAGUAGUACGACAGGCGCUGCUGAUAACGGCAUAGACAGGGGGCCCAGGCCCGGGGAUGCAAGUAGUUAUGCUGCCGAUGGAGAAUCGAAAUCAAAUACAGGUGAAGAUAAUAAGCACCUGGACGUGGAGAGUGCUGCCGUCAACCUCGAACCGAAGCAGGAAACCAACGGACUGUAGAAUUAACGAUUGUUUGCGGUGUCGGAGAUUGAAAGUAGGGGAAUGGGGCGGGACGUAAGGUGGUGAAGAUGAAAUUGAGGGACAUAGCGAGGCACUGCAUGCAGAUGAGAUCAAGAUCGGCGGCUAUGUGUAGAAUAAAUUACCCUCACGACUGA